AUGAGCCUCGCCGCACUCAAGACACGCCGACGCCAGGACUAUCCGUACCUCCUGGAGUACAGGACAAGAUGGUACGUCGAGUUCUUUCUUCUUCACCCCCCCUCUCCACUGUGGUCUCGACGCGAUCCCAACGCUUCGGGGCGAACUUUUGGUGUCAAAGACAUGCCCUCUGGCCAAUCGUACAUCCCAAAUCCUCUUCCUCCUGGCCGGAACGACAAUGACAUGUAUGAUCAUAUGAACAACUCGGUGUACAACUUCCUAUUCGACUCCGCCGUCAACAGUUAUCUCGUCGAAAGAUGUGGCAUUCACCCCCCUUCCUCGCCUCAGUAUGGCUUAGCAGUGCACUCCCACACAGACUUUUUGGCCUCCAUCGCCUAUCCUGCCGUGGCGGAGGUGGGCGUGCGUGUCACCAAGCUGGGCAAGUCGAGCGUCACCUAUGAGGUGGCCCUGUUUGAAAGGGGCAGUGAUGAGGUCAAAGCUGUGGGAGGCUUCGUCCAUGUCUUUGUGGAGAGGUCCACAGGAAGACCCCCGAAAGAUGGAAUGGAACCCCGGCUCAAGGAGGCAUUGGAUAAGAUUCAUCUGGGGCCUGUCACUCCCCCCAAGGAGGCGAGCAAGCUCUGA